GUCAAACUCCAGUCCUUGGCCGUUUUACAUUGUUUAUUGUUGGAGAUAAAACUGGUUAUUGAUAACUGGAAUGUCAUGAUAAUUACAGCCUCUGUGCGCAGGAUUAUUGGUGUACUUCCUAUUUCCGGUGUAAUUCAAGCAGAGCUAAACCACCGAGAAAGAACUCGCACAACCAGACUCACCUGUCAGGUGAGUCUGGUUCCUCUCAUUGCUCCCUCCUUCGCUGGGACGCGCACGAUCAGUUUUCGGCAGACUAUCACCUGUUAAGGAUUGAAGUUUGAUACGACUGCUAGAAGGAUGGCUGCUGUCGCGAAACGACAUGCCUCCGACAACAAUGAGUUCCUGGAUGGAACCAGCAGCUCCAAGAAGCCUGGACACGUAGCUGCUCUGAUUCUGGCCCGCGGUGGAAGCAAAGGGAUCCCGCAGAAGAACAUCAAGCCUCUGGCUGGGGUCCCCCUCAUCGGCUGGGUGCUGAGAGCGGCCAUCGACUGUGGGAAGUUUGACAGUGUCUGGGUGUCAACAGACCACGAUGAGAUUGAAAAAGUUGCCAAAUCCUGGGGGGCCAAAGUCCACCGCAGGAGCCAGGAAGUCUCCAGGGACUGCUCCACUUCUCUGGAGACCAUAAAGGAGUUUCUCGAGAUACACUCAGACGUGACGGUGGUCUGUAACAUCCAGGCUACGUCUCCGUGUCUCCACCCAUCUCACUUACAGGAGGCCCUGAAGAAGAUCACUGAGGAGGGAUUUGACUCCAUCUUCUCUGUGGUCCGGAGACACCAGUUCCGCUGGAAGGAGGUCAAGGAGGGAAGUGACCAAUGCACUCAGCCGGAGAAUCUGGACCCUAAGAAUCGUCCGCGGCGUCAGGACUGGGAUGGAGAGCUCUAUGAGAACGGCUCGUUUUACUUCGUCACCACAGACCUCAUCAUGAAGAAGGGAUGCUUGCAGGGAGGUAAGGUCGCCUACUUUGAGAUGGAGCCGCAGCACAGCGUGGACAUCGACAUAGACAUCGACUGGCCCGUGGCAGAGCAGAGGGUUUUCAGGUACGGUUACUUCGGCCGGGGAGUGUCCAUGAUGUUCUGUAAGGUCUCCGGAUGUUUGACCGAUGGAAAGGUCUUUCUGUCCGUGUUUGGAGAGGACUCGGUCUCUAUCCACACUAGAGACACAGCAGGGCUCAGGAUUCUGCAGAAAGAUGAUGUGAAGGUGGUCCUGCUGAUCUCAAAGGAGGACCUUCUGAUGAAAUCGCUGAUUACAAAACUGGAGAAGAUGACUGGCUGUGAGGUCAUGACGGUCGGAGAGGAUCCACUGAAGGAUGUCCAAUCAGUAGUGGAGAAAAAUAAGCUGGACUGGAAGGAUGUGGCCUACAUGGGAAACGAUACGGCAGACGCCAGCUGUCUGAAACUGGCCGGUCUGAGCGCAGUACCUGCAGACGCUCCACCAGAAGCCGCUCAAGCUGCCAAGUACACCUGCAAGAACGCCGGAGGGGGGGGAGCCGUGAGAGACUUCGUUGAACACGUGUUGCUGCAGAAGGAGCAGGCCAAAGCCCAGAUGAAGCAGGACCGGAUUGACCGCAACAACUUCUGAUAGCAGCCUACAGGAACGACAGUCAUUAGGGCACAUUUAUAGGAAGCUCAGGGACAGUGAUCACCAUGAGCAGCUCUGCAGAAUCACAGUGGCUUAGAAAACAUACAGUGUUCAGAGUCAGACGUGUCGUUACAGAGAACAUCAUCCUGCAUUCGCUGCUGAUAAUUAACACUAAAAGCUGAACAUCAUCCUGUCUUUGCUGCUUAUUCUUAACACUAAAAGCUGAACAUCAUCUUGUCUUUGCUGCUUAUUCUUAUCAUUAAAAGGUGAACAAUUCAAAUCUCCUUAAA